AUUCUUUAAAAAAAAUGUUUACCAAUAUUAGAUUGACCUCUGCCCCUCAACAAUGCUCUACACUGGUAUAUAAGCUGAACCACCCAACUUUGAAAUCACAGUGAAAACACGAGCACUAACAUUUGAACACAGGAGCACUAACAUUGAACAAAGGAGCACUAACAUUGAUUACCACAAACAUUAACAUUGAACACCACAAACAUUAACAGUGAUCACACGAGUGCUGACAGUGAACACAGGGGCAUCAACAUUGGCACAUCACAGGUCAACAGUAAAAUCGCAACCUCUUUAAAAGCGUUGGAUCAAUAUCACAAACGAUUUUUGUAACAUUUUGUCACAGAGCAGUCAACCCAUCAAGACGAUGUACCCAAUCUACUCCCAUUCACGCACCGGGGUCUUGAAACAUGUGUGCAGUCUUGGAGGUGAUAUAGACAGGUGCAUCACAGGUAAGGAAACAUUCUCAAUCUGCCCACUCUCAGGUAGAUACAUUUUAAGAGAUCUAAUGUUGAAUUGAAGGGUUUUUUGUUCAUUUGCCGACUUGAAUCAUUCUAUUCAACCGAUAUUCACUGGGAUUGAGUCUGUCUGUGCGUUCUUGGAUGACUUAUAAGACAAAGCCUUAAGUUAUGAAGAGGUUUGUCAGUGGGCUUCGCGCUUCACGGAGCCCUAGGGUACCAAGGAGCGUCAAAGGGUUGGAGAGGUUACCGGUUGUUCCCAAGAGUACAAAACAUAAGCAUUAUGCUUUCAGUUAGGCUUGGGCUUACCCUAAAGGCCGACCGAAAGUGAUUUUCUGAUUUCGGCCGAAGCCGAAAAUAGGCCGAAAGUUUAAAAUGACUUUCUGCCGAAACCGAAAAAAGGCCGAAAUUUAAAAAUGAAUUUCGUCCGAAAGCGAAGCCGAAACCGAAGCCGAAACCGAAAAUGAAAUAUUUACAUAUUUUGAAAUUCGUUCCCGCAUACAUUUUGCAUACAUCGAAAAUGAUGUGAGGAAAGUAUAAAUAUUUACAUUUUUUUUUAUAAAAAUGAGAUAAUUGUGAAUAUUAAUAAAUAAACAUCUAAUAUAGGGGUCUCAAACUCGCGGCCCGCGAGCCAUUUGUGACCCGCAAGACGAUAUUUUGCGGCCCGCUAUAGGACAGAAAAGUUUAGUGUAAAUGCGCCGGCCCGUUUCCCUCAUUCUCAUAGCUAUAGCGUGACUCUCCGCGACGGUGUCAGUCGAAUCUCACCGACUAGUCUAAUUCUGUUUUUUUUUUUUUUGGUAAUGUUUCUAUAUAUUUUUUUAAUGCAACAGUGAGUAGGUGGAUGAAAGUGAAUCCUAGUUCUUGAGAACCCUUAAUGAUUUUAUUGUUAUUUAUAAAGGUUGAGCAGAUUGUAACAGUUGUAGUCGCUUUUUUGUGGAUUACUUGAUGAGGCCCACUCUCAUUCAGACACUACCUCCUGCGCCCCCCUCCCCCCCUGGUGAUUUGAGUUUGAGACCCUUGAUCUAAUGAAUACUUUGGAUUUUACCAUUUUAAUAUAAAAGUAAUUUAAAUUGCGUUACAAUUUUUUUUAAUUAGUAUGUUAGGAGAAAAUUUGGCAAAAAUUGAGAUGGGGGGGGGGGAGGACAUUAAUGCAAAGUAUUAUUUUUUUAAACCGGGUCUCUAAAAAUUGUGGUUCUAAAAUAUCGCUUAAUUUGUUUUUAUAUAUCGUUUAGUUGGUUAUUAUUGAUCGCUUCAUUUGUUGUUUAAGAUCGUCCAUUUUUUGUUAAUGAUCGCUUUAUUUUUUCUUAAAAAUCGGUUAGUUUGUUCAUAAAGAUCGCCUGGUUUGUUGUUAAAGAUCACUUAGUUUGUUGUUAAAGAUCGCUUAGUUUUUCACAAAGAUCGCUUAGUUUGUUCUUAAAGAUAAUUGAUUGUGUUCCUUAAGAUCGAUUAGUUUGUUCUUAAAGAUCUUUUAGUUUGUUCCUAAAGAACAUUUAGUUUUCUGUUAAAGAUCGCUUAGUUUAUUCUUAUAAAUCAUUUGUUUCCUAUUAAAGAUCAUUUGUUUUAAUCUUAAAGAUCAUUUAGCUUGGUCUAAAAAAUCGUUUAGUUUGUUCUUUAAGAUCGUUUAGUUUGUUAUUAAAGAUCGCUUAGAUAGUUUUUAAAGAUCGCUUAGUUUGGUUUAAAUAUCGUUUAGUUUGUUCAUAAAUGUCGUUUAGUUUGUUGUUAAAUAUCAUUUAGUUUGUUCUCAAAGAUUGCUUAAUUUGUUCUUAAAUGUCGCUUAUUUUGUUGUUAAAUAUCGCUUUCGCUGAGUAUUAAAUGACCGAAAACCUGAGUCACUUUCGGCCGGAUGGCCGAAAGUCUAAAUCAAUUUCGGCCGAAACCGAAGAAAAACCGAAAGUUAACUUUUCUCUUUCUGCCGAAACCGAAAUUAAGACGACAGUUAACUUUUCAGUUUCGGCCGAAACCGAAACUUGGCCGAAAGUGAUAAAAUGGCCACUUUCGGCGCCGAAACCGAAGCCGAAGCUGAAAUUCGGUCGGCCUCUAGCUUACCCCGUAAACAUUUUUUAGGUAGCCACAACAAGCCCAGUCCAGCGUAGCCGGGACUUCAUGCCGAUAUUAUAGAUGCUGGAGAAACCAACCUCUGCACAGAUUUCGUUGUCUGGCACAGUGACUAAUUUUUCAUUUUGAGAAUUUUUCUGAGACAAGUGGUGUGUGUACGCGGUUCAACCAUCAUGCAGGGCGUUGGUAGUAGACUCUCUAGGUUUCACUUACAUAGAGCAGCUUCCAUAUCACUACUGUGGACUUUUUAAAAAAGUCUUGGACAGAUGCCGCUUUGAGUCUCAACAUUAUUGGACAUUCUUCCAAAGGGUGUGAUGCCUCUUGUUGUGUACAUUCGGUUGUGACAUUCUAGAAAACCGAUUUUUUCAUCGUGCUAUAAGAAACCUUAGGCAUACACUGUCACUUACAUUGCUGUUCUACUUACUGAGAUGUGCGUUUGCUGUCAUUGUUUUCUGUUUAGACUACAACCAACCUGGAAAUGCUGAAAAAUUUGAAGAAAAUGCCCAGUCCCUGGAAUACAAGGCCCCGCUAUACUGUGCCCAGAUGUUGGCCGGUAUGUUGGUACACAGUAGGAAACAGGCAAAGAUUCUGGAUAUCGCGUCUGGACCAGGUAGAAAAUAAUAAUGCUAACAUAUAAUUGCUCAUCGUUAAAGAUCUGUUCAUAUCACCAUUUUUAAUAAUGUUCAUUAAGUUAAAACAAAAACCAGUAAUUGCUUUUCAUCAAAGAUAGUUCAUUCGUUAAUUAAUGAGACUAAUACUUUAAUAAUGCCUACAUUUUAUGUAAUGUCGAAUAAAUAAAAAAUACAACAACAAAAAAUUAUACUUGUAACCUUUUUAUACAUCAAUUUAAAGCAAAAAGUGAUUUUUGUAAUAAUUUCCUAAAACUUGGUUUAAAGUUUACAACAGUGACUGAGCUUCCAAGCGUUUGCUCAGAUCAAUGGUGAUCCGACGAACACGUGCCAAAUAUCCACACGUUGCUCAUUUCCUUAUCGAUCAACUGUCCCCCAGGCCAGGUUGGACGUGAGUUAAACAAAGUUGGUUUCGACCACGUCCACGCGCACGACGGUUCAUGGGCCAUGCUGGAAGUGUGCCGCCAGAAGGACAUCUACAAGGAGUUCAUUUGUUGUGUCAUCGACGACGAUAACGGGCUGCCUGUCAAAGAUGGUAAGCCGAAAAAUGGAAUGGCACAUCCUAAAUGUAUCCAUUAUGCAUGUUUGUUGGUAGCUGUGACCAUGUCAUGUAAGCUGUACGCAUUAUUGUGGAUAUGUUGAACGAAAAAAAGAACAAGGAAAAUGCAGAUGUAAAUGAUAGUAGGCUGGGACUAACGAUCGACAUUAGUCCCAGCGAACUGUUUAUACCGCUCAGAAUUAUUCUCAUCUGAUAGAUGGUUUGUUACUACUAGCUCAAUGUUAUUCCCAUCUUAUAGAUGGUUUGUUACUACUAGCUCAACGUCAUUCCCAUCUUAUAGAUGGUUUAUUACUUCUAGCUCAACGUUAUUCCCAUCUUAUAGAUGGUUUAUUACUUCUAGCUCAACGUUAUUCCCAUCUUAUAGAUGGUUUGUUACUACUAGCUCAACUUUCUUCCCAUCUGAUAAUUAAUUUAUAAUUGCUCAAAUUUCAUCGCUCCAUCUCAUAAAAGCAAUAAUUUAAUUUAUAUUGAGACUCGUUUUUUACCAAUGAAAUUAGAAUCAUGGGGAAUUUUUUUUUUUAAAUUACGAAAAAAAUUUUUGGUUACCUUGAGCAUUGUUAAAAAGCAUUACCCCAUGACUGCACCAUAAAACAAAUUAAUGCUUCAUAAAACACAUUACCGCAUCAUUUAUGCGUCCUAAACACAUUACUGUGUCAUUAGACACAUUAUUUCGCCAUAAACAUAUUAAUUCGUUAUAAAACACAUUACCAUGUCGUAAAAUACACUACUACGUCAUAUGACAUAUUACUGCGUCAUAUAACACAUUCUCGGAAGCAGCUAUUUCUAAUUCAAUGCAAUGAAAUUUUUUAAAUACUACUGAUGUAGAUCAGCGUUUCAGUUUGACUUACUUACAUCACCUGGGCAGCAACUACCCCCCCCCCCCCCCCUUAUUUCUAAUUCAAUGCAAUAAAAUUUUUUAAAUACUACUGAUGUAGAUCAGCCUUUCAGUUUGACUUACUUACACCACCUGGGCAGCAACUACCCCCCCCCCCUCCCCAGUUAAGUUAAUCAACUCGAUAUAACAGUUAACACUACUCGUCUGUCCGUUUAUUCAGGUUUCUAUGACGCUGUGAUUACCUCGGGGGCUGUACUAGAGCAUCAUCUGCCCGUCACGUCCCAAACUGAGUUCGUACGUGUAACCAAGCCCGGCGGGUGAGUCAGUGAUCUCUGCCUAACAACACUCUUUUGCACAGUUUGAUACAGGGGCGUACCUUCACUAAAUUCCCGGGGGAAAAUGCUCAAAAGUGCGCCAUCAACACACACACACAUAUCUUUUAUAUAUAAAAUAUACACCCCCCCCCCCAGCGUGCCGACUGGUGCAAUUGUCCUCUUCACACACACUAGGUUCGCCACCAGUUUGCUAGAAACAGACAAAUCCCUUUGAAAACAAUAAAAUGGGUCACAUUUUGUAGUAGUAUUAGAGAUUAUAAUUAAUAUAUCCCCACGCGUUGUGCAAUAUCAUCAAAGUCACAUAUGAACAAACUGACAUUAUUUCCAGGCAUUGUGUCAUCGCCUACAGCUCAGACGUUCUCAACACAGAUUAUGGUCAGUCCUGGGAAAAGGAGUCGAGGAGAUUGGAGACAGACGGAGUUUGGAAGACGCAUUGUAAGAUGGUCAUACCUGACUAUUACAUCAACAUGACGGGGGUGAUUGAUGUGUUUCAAGUCUUGUGAGGAGGGGACAGCUGGCUUGUAGGAUUGGACAAUUGUACCCACUGUGUGGGCGAGCUUUUGCGUUUUUAGCAUAAGCUUAUCACCAACGACCGAUACUGCAAAAAACUUUAAAAUUGGACUGCGGUUGAACAUGGAUUUUCCGAUGCUUUCCUUCCUCUAUUGCCUACAUUAUAUAUAAAUAUGAAUUUGGAUCAGUAUGAUAACCAGUACUGAUUGAUUGUGACGUCUAGUGGGAGUUGUGGGGUUUAUCAGAGGAAUAAAACAGAGGAGUCACAUAUUUCAUCUAUAAAUUAUUUUGAGAUCGAUCAUUCAUUCUUGUCCGUAUCAUAUAAUUUUUAAUUUUUUUUUUUGUAAAUAUAUGUAGAUAAAUGUGAAUUUGUGAAUAAAACAUGAAUAUCAUUACAAUAAAGUGCUCUUUGUUAUUGUUUAAAAAUACGUACAUCACGCUUAAUUGUUAUGUUGGCCGUGAGAAUUCAUGUCUAUAGGGCUUGUCAAUUAAUUGCGGAAAUCUGUAAGUAGAAAAUGCGGGCGUACAGUCUGGCCAAUCUCAUUAGGAUAUUUUAAACAUCCUGGUAUUCCGUUUGGCCAAUCUCUCAACAGCUGUUCGGUAAAUCCCGUGAGCCAGCGCAGUGGGUCUUAACCUAGACGAUAAUGUGAUCACAACUUUAUUGUUACGAAAGAUUUUACAAACCAAUUGUUACUGUUAUAUGUAUGCGGAAAUACUUUGUUAGAACAUAUGUUCUACUACAACAUUGUCUAA